AUGCAUCACAAAUGUGCUGAUGACCCAGACCUGCGAACUCAUAUUUGUGGUGGAAGUCGAAAGGAUGGACCACCAAAAGAUGAUGGUGGUGAUAAUGGCAAGCUUGGAAAUUGUAAUGAUAGUUGUUCCAAUAACGAUCAAUGCUUGGGAAAAUUAGCUUGUAUGGGUACUACUUGUGGAGAUGAUCCAGAUAGGGGAACUUCUAUUUGUGGUGGUAGUGGUGGUGGUGGUGGUGGCGGUGGCGCAGCUGAACCACCAAGUGAAGAUUUACCAGGCACUCCAAGUGAUUCUUCACCAUUCCCUGAUAUUCCUUCACCAUUCCCUGAUUCUCCAGGAUCCCCUAUUCCAUCACCAAAACCAAAUGCCCCUCCAUUGGGGAAGAAGAAAAGUCCUCCCCCUCCUAGGAAAAAAUCGCCUCCUCCAGCUGAGUGA